AUGUGGCGGAUCACUUUGGUCUGGCACUCGCUUUUGUUCACCUUCUCAGAGGUGUUCUACAAAGAAGCCAUUUCAUCACGUUACUUGAUGACACUUCAUCUUCCCAACGCUUUCCACUCGUUUUCGCUCCGGCUGUCAAUCAUGCCUGGUCCUACCACUGCAACACCCAAGAAGGUCCUCUCGGCCAUCCACAACAUCCCCAAGAAGAUGAAGAGUGGCUAUCUUUUCGAGCAACGUCGUGCCGGUGGGAAGGAGAACGUUCCACCCGGCGAGAACACCAAGAUCCACUUCGUGCCGCAGUAUUCGUCCGACGCCCUCAUCACCAGCCCAUCGUCGCAGCUCGUGGAUCGGCAGAAGUGGCUGCCAAAGGACGGGAAGAUCAUCAUCAAGGUCGCCGUCCCGGCCACGGACGACCUGUGGAAGUUCAAGGUCCCCGAAGACAUUGAGCUCGACGCGUUCUUGGCCCGCGUCCAGGCCAAGGUGGGGUUCUCAGUAGCCUUUCGGGCGAAGGCCGGGAAGAUGCGCGAGCGUCCCAUUGCCACAGACCGCGCUUUCAAGACGUGGAUCGCGGGCAGGGUGUCCCCGGAGACUGGGAAGAAUACGGCUCUCGUCGCCCACCUUCAACUCUGA